UUUCCCUGUCAAAUGUAACAGUUACCAUUGUGAAAAUUUAUGCACAGCAAAAGCAGAGUGCAGGUCAGCGUCAGGUGACCAUAAGGAGAUUUCCUAGGGCAUUUUUCGAGCUGAUUUGUUGCAGAUUAACCUCGUUGAGGUUUAGCAAAGUGUCCCGAGGUAGAAAAAUGUAAAGUUUGUGCGCAGAAAGCAAGACCUGACACGUUUUUGUGUCGUUUGACUUUUCCUCCUCACACGCCAGCGAGAUGCCUUCUCCUCCUCGUGCGUUCACUUGUUUAUUUCCAGCAGCGUCCGACGUAAUCUCCUUGGUGAUGGUGGCGAUCGGCGUGUACGCCCGCAUGAUGAAACAAGCAGAGGCGGCUCUGGCGUGUCUGGCGGUGGACCCCGCCAUCAUGCUGAUGGUUGUGGGGGUCCUCAUGUUCAUCCUCACCUUCUGUGGAUGUGUGGGCUCCCUCCGAGAAAACAUCUGCCUGCUGCAGACAUUCUGUAUCUCUCUGACGGUGAUCUUCCUGCUGCAGCUGACUGCUGGGAUCCUCGGCUUCGUCUUUUCAGAUAAGGCACGGAACAAAGUGACAGAGGUCAUUAACCGCGCCGUCGUCCACUACAGAGAUGACAUCGAUCUGCAAAACCUCAUCGACUUUGGUCAGAGAGAGUUCGACUGCUGUGGGGGCGUCGAGUACAAGGACUGGUCCCGGAACAUGUACUUCAACUGCAGCAACGAUAACCCCAGCAGAGAACGCUGCUCCGUCCCCUUCUCUUGUUGCAUCAUAUCCAAAGACAAGGAGGUCAUCAACACCAUGUGCGGCCACGACAUGCAGAAUUUAGAGUUUGCUGCCGCUGGAGAACACAUCCACACCAACGGCUGCAUAGACAAGCUGGUCGACUGGAUCCACAGCAACCUGUUCAUACUGGGAGGCAUCGCACUGGGGCUGGCUAUACCACAGCUGGUCGGCAUUCUUUUGUCUCAGAUUCUGAUCAACCAGAUCAAGGAUCAGGUCGAGCUGCAGAACUACAACCUCAAGCACCGCUCCGACCCCUGGAGCUGACGGGGGGCGGACCAGUGACCGGAGCGUGGUGACGGCCUUUAAAGGAAGCACUCGCGGCUCCGGUUCGGAAAGGAAUCGUCCGGCUCCCUCGAUCCUCUGCUUUUUUGACUCUUGUGCGAGAUUACUGUGUGGAGAACAGACGGGAGUGUUCUCAAAUAGCUUGAUUUGGAGGAGGAAGGGAACUAUGCGGAUGAAACAGAUGGAGAGAUAAGACUCUGCUGCCUCCUGCUGGACACAUACCAUACUGGCCUUUAAAGACCUCUGCUCUUGAAGCCAGAGCAGGGAGGACGUUUAAAUAAAGAGAUGCAGGCAGUAUCACCACAACUCAAGUCUUAUCAUUUGUUUUUGCCUUCAAAGAUGCCAGGAAUGAGAGAAGGUGCAACUGUAUCACACAGUGAUUAAAAAAAAAAGGGAGGAGCUUUAGUUUCUGCUCAAUAUUUGCUGCAGUUUCUGUUUAGGCAUAUUGUUACUACGUUUUAGAAAUGUAUAUCCUUGUGUGUUUGAAGACGCAUCACAACCUGUGCCUUGUACCCUUGUUGCAAACUUAAAGCUGCAUUCAUUAUUUAGAUUUAAA